GAUGUACUUCUUCAUGCUCCUCUUAUUCGGGAUCCUGCUCUUAUACAGGGAGGUGAUCAUGGGGCAGUGGCUGCAUGUGGACAACAUCCGGGUCUGGAAGCAGCUCGUCCCCUGGCUGUGCAGCAUGAGCUAUGCUCGCAUUCUGGUAAAUGAGGGAUCCAGCCCCAGGCCAUCCCCGAUCUCCCUCUGUGGUCUCCAGGUCUCCGCCCACCGUGUCCACCCCCAGGUGUGCGUCUCGGUGAGCUUGUACAACAGCACCAUCAUCUCCUGGAAUUUCUUCUACUCCUUUGCUCACCCCCUGCCCUGGGACCACUGCCCACUGGUGAAGAACAUCAGUGUCACCGACUGGGCCCACCAGUACUUCUUGUACCACACCACCCUCCAUGCCUCGGACCACAGUGAAGAAGCGGCUGAAGCCCUCGUCCUGAACCGCAGCCUGGGUCGUCUUCUCAGUCGUGAUCACAGGGAUUUGGAUUUCAACGCCGAAUCGUCCUCCCGUAAUUCCAUCGUGUUACUUCUGGGCCACCUUGACACCGUUCAUAUUUCUACUCCUGACCGGGAGGCCCCCGCUGAUGCUCACCUCUGUCUUCCUCUCCUCCGUCAUCCUCCUCUGCCUCUUCCUGGAAGGUGUGGUCACGAGCCUCAGACGUAUGAUCACCACAGAGGUGAGGCCCGGGACUCCAAACCUUCUCCCUCCCUCGACUCUCAAGACCUCAGAGUCUCCUUCCCCCACAUCUGCUUUCCUUCUGACCCCAGCCUUCCUUUUAUCCUUUUGCUCUCUACCUUAGCCGACCCCUUAGCCUGCUUAUUUACUGGUAGUCCUACCCUUCCAAGCCCACUCCUAAACACUUCUCAGUCACCCACAGCUCUCUGCCUUGUCCUCCCUGGACCUGUGGCAUCAAGCAGGGGCCAUGUACCCUAUUCCCUGAGCCUGGGCACGGGGACCAUCAUCACCUUCACCUCCUACAAGGCCGGAGGUGACGAUUAUGUCAAGGUGGCCGCCAUUGCAGCCCUGGUCAACCUGAUAACCUCAACGCGGACGACAUCCAUCGUCUUUCUAGUGCAGGGAUUCUGGGCCACCACCAGUGGCCACGCCUGUGUUGAGAAGUGAGUAAUCAGAGCCUCACAGGUACAAGGAAAGGCCCCUCCCUUUACCUUAGCAAUCCAUCAGCUUCAUGGCCCUUCAGACUUAAGACCUUUCCAUUCAUAACAACAUCCUUUCUUCUCACAGCCAUUAAAAAAAGGAACGCAGCCAGACACAGUGGCUCACGCCUGUAACCCAGCACUUUGGGAGGCCAAGGCAGAUGGAUCACCUGAGGUCAGGAGUUUGAGCCCAGCCUGGGCAACAUGGUGAAACCCCAUCCCCAUUUAAAAAUACAAAAAUUAGCCAGACAUGGUGGCACGCCCCUGUGGUCCCAGCUACUCUAGAGGCUGAGGCAGCAGAAUCGCUUGAACCCAGGAGCAGGGGUGGAGGCUGCAGUGAGACGAGAUCACGCCACUGCGCUCCAGCUUCCGUGACAGAGCGAGACUCGGACUCAAACAAAAAAGGAAUGCUCUAAUAUAAUAUUCACCACUUUAUACGUAAGAAAAUAGUCUCAGAGAUACGACUGUUCUAAGCUUUCCAUAAAUCGCAAAUGGAGGGAGGAAGAUUCCAAAAUCAAUUCUACAACUCACAAAAGAAGGCUGUUACAGGUCAUGGGGCCACAGUCAGUGGUUAUAGACCCAGGCUGUAUAUUUGAAUCAUUUGGGGAACAUGAGAAAACGCUCCUGUCUGAGUUCCUCCUCCAGAGAUUCUGACUUACUCGGUCUUGGGUGCAUCCAGGCAUUGGGAUUCACAAAUGCUUCACAGCAGAAUUGUUCUCAGCAGAAUUGUUCUUCUAGUCAGAAUGUUGAAGGAUACAAACAUCCCAGCUUUGAUGGUAGCAGGAGCUUUUUAAAUGA